GCAUUUGAACCACCCGAAAAUCGAAGAAAGAUUUCAUUUUAUUCCAUUUUCUAUGAAAAAUGUCAUCGAAAAGUAGAAGUUCGUCAAAGGAAAAAGAUUCAAAGAAGGAGAAAAAGAAAGAUAAAGAGAAAUCAUCGAAAGAAAAGAAAGAAAAGAAAGAUAAAAAAGAAAAGAAAUCAAAAACUAUUAAGCCUGAGCCUGAGCCUGAACCAGUGAACGAAUAUGAAGAUGACUUUGAAGAUUAUGAAGAUGAUUUCGAAGAAGAUGAUGAAGAGGAGAAAAAGGCUCCGAAAGUUGAAGAAAAGCCACAAAAGGAAUCAAAAGUAGAAGCUGAGGUUUCAUUUGAAAGUAAUAUCAUGCAACGAUUAGCAACAAGUCACAUGAGAAGAACAGAAGCUUCUCCUAAACCAACAAUUGCUCCAAAGAUUUCAAAUGCACAAAUUACUGUUCAAUCUACGAUUGACAAUAAACCAUAUUCAUAUCACAAUGAAGAAGAACGUCAGACACAAGAACAACGAGCAUUUGGAAGAUUAAACAAGCUUCGUGGACUUAUCAGUAUCGAAGUAACAAAAAGUCAGGUCUUUACGGAUUUAUCUUCCAAUAUUUUUGAACCAUUCAAUUCCCUUCCAUCAAAUAAAUCGCAUGCCCUAACACAAACUGGAAAAGAUUGUCAUACAGAAGAAGUACAGACUGAGAGAGGAGAGACAGAAGAGAAAGAGACACAAUGUCCACAUUCAGAGAGUACACGAAUUGAAGAUGGAAUAGAGAAAGAGAGAACAUCAACUGAUAGAGCCAGAUUGAAGAAGUUCUUUUUUGCUGCAACACAGACAAUUCGAGAAAUUCUCAUCAGCGAGGAUAAAUCUGCCGAGGAAGAUGAAACGAGGGAAAAGUCAAUUUCUAAGUUUUCCAGGGGAUAUAAUCCAUUCCGACUUUGUCAAGUUGUCACUAAAAGUAAAUCCACGUGUAUCCGAAAAGGAGAAUCAGACAGUGUACUAGUUGCUUAUGAGAUUUUUGAAUCUCCCGCUCCUGAUCUUAUCAACAAGAGUCUUAUUGUAGAGUUUUUCGUCCACAAAAGACGCCCACCAAAGAGACUUUUUGUGGUGGAAAGUAUUGUGUCAGUGAUGGAAUUGAGUCAAUCAUCCCAGAUUCUAUAUGUGUGUCUGAUGGAUGGAACAUUCUGUGCAUUUGAUCUAUCAAUUACUGACGCAUUCUUUGAUGAUAAUCUUCCAUGGGUUGACUCGGAAACCAACAUUGCUCUACGUCGUCCAACAUUUGAUUCUUCAUUUCUGGCGACUACGGUGUCAGAUGCCACACCCCUCAUAGGAAUUGCUUUAGGAAAAUCAAGUGUUGGUGAGGAAAUCACGACAAUUGACACAGCUGGAACAAUUUCUUAUUGGAUUGCAAACAGAGUGGAAAAAAAUGAACUUCGACUUCUUCUGACCGCAGUUAUUCGCCCUCAUCCUGUCCUAAAGAGACAUUCUACAUCAUUCGCCGUCUCCGCUUUCUGCCACGUCACCAACCCGUUGAGAUUUUUCAUCGGAACAGAUACUGGAAUGUUGUAUUCUAUGUAUAAAUCAGAUACUUCUCAAGCAAUCCCAAAAAUUUACAAAACUGAAAAAGAAAAGUAUGGAGAGGUUACUGUAAUUGCAGCAAAUCCAUCGGAUAAUACUGUAUUAAUUGUUGGAUUUUCAAAUGGUUCAAUUUCGGUGUACCGUACCACGCAGGCAUCAUCAAUUGUCAACAUUCCAACAGCUGAUCUAUCGACACGUGUCACAUGGAUAUCAUGGAGUCUUACUAAUCCAUCUGGCUUUUAUACGAUUCACAACUCAAAUAUCAUAACAUACUGGGAUUUGGGAUUUAAGUUAUCUCCAAAGAGUGUAGAUCAUCGGACGGAUUCUGUUCAAGUACUUGCAUCUGACACGUGGCUUUCGGAAAACGCUAAAAUUGGUUAUAUGGCUUUUGGAUUAAGCAAUGGAGAUUCCGAGGUUCAUGUUCUAGAAGAUCCCGCGCGGAAGAAUCAAAACGAAACCAUUUUGGAGGUUUUGAGAAGAAUUAAAAAUUUGUGAAUGAUCUUUUUUGGAUAUUGAAAAUUUGAAAUAAAACCGUAUUGUUGUUCAAAAA